GCUAAAAUACUUUGGUUGGUCACAGUGAAUGAUAAUAAUGAUAGCACAUGAGUGGUUGUUUGACUGGAGAGAUAACAUUCCACCAAUCAUAUGCAUCUAUUUCACGUUGCCAAUCUAUAUUUUUAAUGAAAAACUUUCUUAGGGGUACCCGAUAUUUCUGGGCACCCUGUACUGCUGUAGGUAAUUAAAAUUAACAUAUGAGAUCGCGAUCGCUGCUAAUAUGCUGUAAUUUUUUUUAGAAAAAUGACUAAAUGAGACUACGAAAAGACCAACUAGUAUCAAGAAUAAAUGAAUGAUAUUAUGCCUAUUGCAGUAAUAAUUAGUAAAAAAAUAUACAAUUAUCAUUAUUUAUUAUACUGCUGAUGGAUACAAACGAUGGGUUAUAGUUCCCUAGUAUACGAUGAUUAUGGUGGAUUACAUUAUGCAGAACUACCAUCUGGUUCUAGGCAUACAUUUUCCAUACUAACAUCUUUAGGGUUCAUAAGAUAUGUGUAUCUGGCUCCUGGGGCACUGAAACCAUACAUCCAGCAUUACAGCUAUACGGGUGCGCUACUUCAAGAAAUCAAUCCAUCAGAUGGCACAAGAAUUUUGUACAGAUAUCGUCAAACAGGACAGCUUUCAGGGGUGAUAUGUGGCGAUUGUAUAAUAAAAAUCAAAUAUUCUUCAAGCACCGGAUUACCAUUAAUGAUUGAUCUCAACGAUCGAGAUUUUGAAUAUCAUUGGGAACUUCAGUAUAGCAAUGGUUUGCUGCUGGAAGAACGGGUCGACUUUUCACCCAAAACCGGACUAAGUAAUGCGAAAUUCACAUUUGAUUACGAUUCAAACUUCAGACUCACUUCUAUAAGUGGAAGAAUUGGUGGCCAAAGCAUAUCAGACUUUAAAUGUGAUUAUAGCAAAGAGACUGGCAAGAAAAAUAAUUUCAGACAAUUCAAGGUAUCAUGGGCUCGUGAAAACUCCAGGUCUUACACUGAUGGCACAGCAACAUUUACCAUCCAUUACAAUAAUUAUUUCCAAUUAUCGACUAUUUUACUGGUUAUUCACAGCAUGGAAGUAUUUAGAAUGGAAUUCAGUUAUGAUUUAAAUAGUCGAAUUGUUAUUACUCAAUCUUUUACUCAAAAUGUUGGUGUCAAUUCAUUAACAACGAGUAAGAACUACAUGUGGGAUAUCGAUGGUGAAUUAUUAUCAGUUGAUGCUCAGGAAUCUUGGCAGUUCAAGUACGACCAAGAUGGAAAUAUGCUUUCGCUUACAUACAGAGGAAAAGAAAUAAAAAUGGUCAACAGCGUAUUAAAUAAGGUAGAAAAAUUCGGCGAGGGAGUUUACAAAUACAGUAACCGAGGAUUUGUGGUACAGAAUGCCAGAGAAGAGAAAUUCCAAUACACGAGAGGGUGUAAUAUAUGCCUAUGUCUACACUGCCUACAGUACAAUUAGGAGUUUCUCCAUGUGGUAACACUGCGUUGUCCUACUGGAGCUGCACCCUAGACACAGCUAGGAGCGUGUGGAACGAGCGUGUGGAACGGCGUAGUUGUGUUUUGUCUGGCCAGGGAGAUGCUUCUAUCCGGAAUAACCAUGCUUGUCUUAGUUAUUAGAACAACCUCGCUUAAAUGGAUAAUCUCGCUUAUGUUAAUCUCGCUUAGUCAAUAUGACUGUUAAUCUUGUUUAUUGUGUUAAUCUCGCUUACUAAUUGUGAAUAAUCGUCCGUAGGGACAUCUUUUUGGAUUAAAUAUACUGUUUGCGUAUG